AAGAGCAGCAGCAACAAACAAGGAGGCAGGAGUUCAAAGUUAGCAACGGGUUGCACAACUUCGACGCUGGGUGACUAUUAACAAGCUGGAGUAGUAGCAGCAGCAGCAGGAACAGCCAGCGAGACAGCAACGCGCCAGCCAGCCAGCCAGAGCUUUCUUCUGGGACCUGUUUGAUGAUCUCCUCCUGCCUUUGGGACCUACCAUGGCUCCUUUUGGAAGGAAUCUCUUAAAGACCCGGCACAAAAAUAGGUAAGGAGUUGUUUGGAGAUUCUCUUUCUUGAACCUGUUUGAUUCACACACAGCCGAGCUUUCUCCUGGAAGACGAUCAUCCGAAGAUUAACUCGUCGGGGGAAGGUGCCUAUAUAAACUCAAGACGGGUGUGCGUCUCUUUCUCCCCCUUUUUGCACUUUCCCCAUGCCUAUGAGUUGGCUUCUCCAACCAUGGCUUUUCAAUAGGAAAAUUCCACCCCACUCUUAUCCCUCCCCUCCCCCCUUUAUAAAAAGGUGCUUGUAAGCACUCGGAUACUGGAGCACUGCACGACUUUACUACUACUACUACUACUACUACUACUACUACUGCAAACUGAACGUGUGAAAAAAUGUCCGGGAAAAUUCCAGGGUGGGAUGAAAACGUCCUGGUUAGGAGUGGGAACUAAACACAAACGUUACAGCGCCCCUUAUCUGGAAGCUGAUAAGUUUCUGCGCGCACUAGUUAGCUGGCUGCAAACAGCGGGGACUCGCUCGUUCAUUGAAAGGGGCGGCUCAUGUUUUUCGUGUCCCACCUAAACUUUGCCCAACGUUUGCCUGAAAGCUCUCAGGAAUCCACUCUCGCUUCUCAGCAGGCUACAUUCGCUUUUCAGUGUAAGUUUUGUACUGUAAAGAGAAGUUUGUUGUGUUUGGCGGGCUGGAUGAUGGUUUGUUUGUUUUUAGUUUUUGGGGUUUUAAUCUGUUCUGAGCGCAGAGUUUGGGAUCUAUGAUUCCUCAUUCAUCAUUUAAAUUUCUGUUACCAUUUUUUUACUGGGGAUAAGAGUUGGUUCGUUUGGAAUAGCCUAGUCUGUCCUAACAAGGGCAGUACUUCAUGUUCCCCUCCCUCAUAUUUCCAGGGCUCCUAUCUGCCCCCCUACCCCCAAUAGCCACACUUGCUUCUACAUGUUCUUUCCAAUACUGUAAAGAGAAAAUUGCAUGCUCCAGAAUUGUGUAAUUAUUUUUAACUGCUGGUGUGGCUUUACAUCUUAAGUGUAAGUUUCCUUGGAGCGAACAUGAUAUUUUUUUUCUGUCGCUUUGGCAAUUACAGUGACCUUGAACUUGAGAUGGAAUAGCUAAAGUGCCUAUUGUUGCACUGGUUUGUGUCCUCCUUGUUUCUGUAAUUAUUAUUUAAGUUCUAUUGGGAGGUUUUCUAUUUUAUUUUAUUAAAAAACCAUGUUGUAUAGUCCCCCCCCAAGUGAAUGCUGUGAUCUCUCUCCCCCCCCCAACCCCAUAUGUGUUAAUUGGUUUCAUUUACAUUUGUGUGCCUUGGCCUCUUUAGGACCGUGGUCACAUUCUAUGAUAAGGCCAAUAAUCUUCAAUAAUCUCUCUCUGCCUCUAUCUGUAUAUUAUCAGUGGUUAUCAUUCACAAGUGGAGGCAAAAAUAAAUGAGCAUGUCUCUGUGUUUGAGAACAAUGAUUUGUUCAUGAGUUUUCUGUUAAUGUUAGAAAAUGAUAGCUGCUUUAGAUUGCAAAGGCUAUGUAGGAUUUCCUUAUGAGCAAAUAUGCAUAGAAUUGCAGUGUAAGAAGCUAAUCUAAAACUCUACAGUGAGCUGCGAUGGUGGUGGGCAGAUGUAUGCAGAAAGUUUCAGAGGCCUACACUUGGAUAUAUUCCUUUCCAAUUAAAUUACAAACAAGUGACACAUUUUUAGAAGUUUUGUGGGGAGUUUUGUGGGAUGGCAUUGGGGACUGCAGCCUUUGUUUUCCUCGAAAAUUAGUGUUAGUCCCAAAAUCUGCUGUGGUUCUAUCACGUUCUCGUUGAACCAUGGGGUAGGGCUGGAGGGUAAGUCUUGGCACAAUAACAAAGGGCAAAAUCUGGAAAGUAAACAAAGGCACCCUUUCUUGCACUACAGUACUGGAACCAGAGGACAAUUGUCUACAGCUUGCUCCUGGUAGAGAUCUGUGUCUGAUAAUUUAAUGGCUGCCAAGAGAGAUGGAAAACGGAUGUUUUGUAAAUCUGAAAAGUUGCGAUGAGAUAGGAAUCAUUUCCCUGAGUAGUUGCUGCCUUUUCAAACCUAAGUAAAAUCUUGCCCUAAGUAGGAUCUGUCCAUCAAAGUUUUAAUUGGUAUAUAGAACAGUAAGCUUGGAAAUAGAUUUUCCUUUUUCUUUUUGUCCCUGGCUCUGCUACUUUUGAACAAAUAGUGCCAGCUAGUCCUUGUGGUUUGGUACAUGCAAGUACUCAUAAUGCACUCAUUUGUAAUCCACAGAAGUGUUGUGAGGCCCAUUGUUUCCAGUUCUGGGGAACUCAAUAGACAUCUCAUAACUCCACAUGAAUGUCCAUAGAAAUACAUUUGAAAUUAUUAACAACUAUCCAAGAAAUAGUUUUUAAGCCCCACAGAGUUACAUGAGUGCCAUCCAUAUUUUAUCUCUGAUUUCUCAUCCUAUUCUAACAUGCUUGUAUAUUAAAAAGUUCCAUUCAUCUAAAUGACUUCAGUGAAGUUUAGGCAGGAGUUCUAAGCAUCCUUACAUUUCUAGUACAGUGGUACCUCGGGUUGCAGAUGCUUCAAGUUACAGACUCCGUUAACCCAGACAUAGUACCUCGGGUUAAGAACUUUGCUUCAGGAUGAGAACAGAAAUCGUGCAGCAACAGGGGGAGGCCCCAUUAGCUAAACUGGUACCUCAGGUUAAGAACAGUUUCAGAUUAAGAACAGACCACCAGAACGAAUUAAGUUCUUAACCAGAGGUACCACUGUAUGUAUGUUUCAGUUUACUCAGUCAAGCAAAGAUGAUGAUGAUUUAUUCAAUUUCUGUACAACCCUUCAUUUGAAAGCCACAGGGCAGUUUACAACAUGAAAACACAAAAAUACAUACCAUAAUAACAAACAAAAACAGUGACACCCCCCCCACACACAGUUAAAUGGCAAUAUAUUGUUUAAUUAGCCAAAGAGGUCAAUAUUAUUUGAAGCAAAUGGAAGCAGAGUUUUCCGGUUGAGAGCAAAUGGUCCUUUUAUUCAGUUUCUAACAAUGGUCAGUGUGGUGUAAUGGUUAGAGUGUUGGACUAUGACCUGGAAGAGACCAGGGUUCAAAUCCCCCCUCAGCCAUGAAGCUCACUGGAUGUGACUUUGGGCCAAUUACUGCUUUAUUAUGGGACGUGGGUGGCGCUGUGGGUUAAACCACAGAGCCUAGGACUUGCCAAUCAGAACGUCGUGGUUCGAAUCCCCGGGAUGGGUGAGCUCCCGUUGCUCGGUCCCUGCUCCUGCCAACCGAUCAGUUUGAAAGCAUGUCAAAGUGCAAGUAGAUAAAUAGGUACCGCUCCGGUGGGAAGGUAAACGGCGUUUCCGUGCGCUGCUCUGGUUUGUCAGAAGCAGCUUAGUCAUGCUGGCCACAUGACCCAGAAGCUCCCUCGGCCAAUAAAGUGAGAUGAGCACCGAAACCCUAGAGUCGGUCACGACUGGACCUAAUGGUCAGGGGUCCUUUACCUAACAGUGGUCAGAAACAUCCUCUUGAAAAGGAAGAAUACAGGGCAGAAGACACUGACUUAUAUUGAGUCAGAUCAUUUGGUCUAUAUAGAUAAAUUCUGACAACACUGCCUGGCAGUGGCUCUCCAGGAUUUCACGCAGGGAUCCCUCCCAGACCUACUUGGAGAUGCAAGCAGGAUAAAAUGUCCUUUGGGGGUGAUGGUGGUGGGUGACAGGCCAUGUUCUACGAGGAAGGUGGAAGCAGUUGUAUAUAUUUAAAAGAGGCAACAAAGAGGCUGUUUUCAAAUAUUUGAAGGACUGCCACAUGGGGGAUGCAGCAAACUUGCCUUCUGUUGCUCAAGACGGUAGAACUUACACCAACAGUUUCAAAUUACAAGAAAGAGGGUUUUGAGUAAAUAUUAGAAAGAAUUUUCUGAUUAUAUGAGGUGUUCGGCAAUGGAACAAGCCACCCUGGAAGGAUCAACUUUCAUUUGAGGUUUUCAUGCAGAAGCUGGAUGGUAACCUUUCUGGGAUGCUGUGGCAGCAGAUUUGACUAGAUGACCAUUGACAUUCCUAUGAUUCUAUGAAGGCAACAUAUUUUCCCUGAUAUGUGGUCUCACGACACCUGGUGUUCAGCAAUGUACUCUCUAUGAUCACAGGGAUCCAUUUAGUUAUAAUGUCUAAUACAGACAAUAUUUUUGUCACCACAAGUGAUGGGGGGAACUAAGGACAAUUUUGUGCUUAGUCAAAAGAAUGGCAUUUUUCCUGCUGCUUGUUUAGAAUUUUCAGCACUGUAUUCCAAUGUGUGCUGAAGAUGGUAGAGGCAUAGUCACAUCAUACAGAAAGAGGAUAAAGGAUCCACAGAGUACUGCACCACCUGGAAACUAUGUAUACCCAAAUGAAGAAUUGAGUUUGGGGCAGAUCAUUUGGGGGGAGUUACAGUUUGAGUUACUGUGAUUGUUGUGGCCAUUGGCCUUAUGUGAAAGCAAUGAUCAUUUCCACGUUUUGAAUGUAUAAUUUGGCAAACACAUGCACUUUCAUACUUGCUGCACUUCUAGAAGGCUUGGGUGGAUGCAGUGGCCCAUAACUAGAGCUCUUUCAGAAAAGAGGAGUGAUCAUUUCAAUGCGACCAGUGCCAGUUUGCCAUUGCAUCAAAUAGAUUGGUAGCAAAUAGGUUUUCACCUUCCCCAGAAGUGUGUGGCAAUGUGGCAUGGCCAGCAUGUUUGAUCCAUUGGGGCUUGCCUUCCUGAAUGUGUUCCUUACCCUGAAGGCUGUGCUGGUCAUCUGUAUCUCUGGCUGUCUCCUUCUGCCUUGCUGUAAUCUGGAUGAUGACAGGCUGCAUUCUCCUCUUCUUGUAAGGAGCUAAUCUUUUAGGAAUGUUUUGAUUGCAGAGGAGGAUACCUUAGCAGAGGGGGAUUGCACACUAGAACAUUAUAUUGUGUGUGUUUUUCAACAUAUUAUAGAUACCUACUCUGUCUUUAUUAUACAUAUAGAUAAUACAACAAGUUUCUUUUAAAAAAUCUCUAUGUGAGUCACAAUCCUAAAAUUUAAAUAUAUUGUUCGUGCAAAUUUUGCUAACCUGGUAGGGGAUAAAGUAUAAAUAUCAAUGACUGACCAAAGUGAAAGUUUAUGAUUGUGCUAUAAACAAUUUUCAGCUAUAAACUUAAAAAAAAAUGCAUAGAAAUGUGUGGCUGCUUUUUCAGUGUAGAUCUGCAAACAACAAAGUCAGGUCUAGCAAGCUACAUUUUUAAAAAUAAUAAUAGUAGUAGUACAAGCAAGCAUAACCAUUUUGCCAUCUCUUAAAUAUGUUAAAGACAAACCACCACUCUCACAUACCCUUUAUAACGGGUUAUAAAGGAAAGUUACAUUCGUAACUUUACCCACAAAAAGAUUCUGGUCCUACAGCUUAGCCUGCUCUACAGCUUAGCCAGUUUAAAGUCCAUGGGUAGGCAAACUAAGGCCUGGGGGUUGGAUCCGGCCCAAUCGCCUUCUACAUCCAGCCCGUGGACGGUCCCAGGAAUCAGUGUGUUUUUACAUGAGUAGAAUGUAUCCUUUUAUUUAAAAUGCAUCUCUGGGUUAUUUGUGGGGCAUAGGAAUUUGUUCAUAUAUUUUUUUUCAAAAUAUAGUCUGGCCCCCCACAAGGUCUGAGGGACAGUGGACUGCUGAAAACAUUUGCUGACCCGUGGCUUAAACCAUUAAUAUAUUCAUAAAUUUCAUCCACUGUAGCCAAAAGGGGAGAAAGUUAAAGCUGUUUUUAGAUUCUCCAUGAUAGUGAACGGGGUAGCACAGAGCUUCAUUCUAUAGAGAGAGGCUCAGAACCUUAAACAUUGACUGGAUUCAUUAGAACACAGCGUGGUUGGAACUCAGAAAUCGAUCUUUCUUUUUAAUGCACAGAUACGAGGUGACUUUUGGUCCUCCUUAUACUGUACACUGCUACUAUGUAGCAUCCUUGUAUGCUGCUACCAUGUAGCCAAAACAGGGCCAUUGAGAAGCAAGAGGGAGGUAUCAGUAUGCUCAGAGGGAACACCAAUAUUUGUUCAAGGGCAUCUUACACAGGAUAGACAGGCACUGGAGGCUGAGAGGAAGGGAGGAAGCGGGAGGCUGCCUACAAGCACAUUUACUUGCACGCUUGCUGUUAUCAAUUUAUUUAGUACAUUUUUUAUAGCUCAGUGCUGCACACAUGCUUGUCUCACCCUGCCACGAUUUGAUCCUUACAAUGAUUCUGUGAAGUGGUUAAGCUAAGAGUUGGUGAUUGGCCUGAGCUAAUCCUGCAAGCCUCGUGGGACAAUAGGGAUUUGAAUCCAAGCUUCGUUGGUCUUAGUCUAUCACUCUAACCCAGAUUUCCCCACUUGACCAUUGUCCAUGCUGACUGAGGUUGAGGAGUGUUGUUGCCCAGUAACAUCUGAAGGACAUCAGGUUGGAGAAGGUUGCUCUAACUAUACUUCAAUUUCUCUCAUUGCACACAUAUGCAGUCACAGAAGAGAAAGGGGGGAGGGAAUAGUGCCUUUUACAGGUUAGGCUAUCUUUGCAACAAGCUGUUAUGCCAGUUAUCCUAGGACAAGUCUGGGGUACCUGAAGCCCUCCAUAUGUUGCCAAUCAACUCCUGUCAGGUUGUUUGGGGAUGAUAUCCAACAAUAUCUGUAGGCCCACAAGCUUACCAUUUCUUUUUAAGGGGAAAACCAACACAGCUUUAUUACAGCCAUCUCUUUCUUAAAUUCACAAUAGAUAUGCUGUUAUUAUUCAACAUUCUGAGAUAAAAGUAGUACUGAAUGUUUUGUGAAUGUGAUUCUUAUCCACACAAACUUGUGAAAUCCUCCACUUAACAGAAGCCCAAAAUAUAUGUUCCAAAUUUGUGCAUAGAAAGAUAGACAAAUGCUGGCAACUGGUGAUAAACUUCCAUGCAUCUGAUGAGGUGGGCUCUAGUCCAUUAAAGCUCAUGCCACAAUAGUUCUACUAAUCUUUAAGGCACCAUAAAACUCUUCUUGCAUUAACAUGAAUACAUGGAAGGGCUGCAGGAUUGGGUCCAUUUUCCUUACUCACAGCAUGCAUUCAGCAUAACUUAUGUGUCCACAUGCUCUCAGCCCUAUAUGAGUAUUUAUCAAUGUAUAUUCUUUAACCCAAUCUUCCUCUUUCUCUGGCUUAGGUAGUAUUACAUAUAAUACCAUUAGUCAUGCAAUCUACUCCACUAGAAAGAAAUUGUUGCCUGCUUUCCAAAAGCAGUCGAUCAUUAACAAUUAAGGCACAAAUACUUGUGCUUUCUUUGCCACCGAGAGAAAACUCUUUCUGACGCUUAAAUCAGUAAGUACCCAGGAAUUGCUAAGAAAUGCUUGCCAGCGAGCAAUCUGAUCCAGUACGUGCUUGCUCAGAAGUCAUCCAAACAGCAUACUAACAGGACCAUAUGCCUGCCAUCACAUCAUAUUAAUUCUGCAUUUUCCUAGUAACCUUUAAUUAAAGAAAGCAGACAGGCGUCAUUGUCCCUGCCAAAUGGCAACCAAUGCAGUGAAGCAGAGGUGGGGAAACUGACUCUGAGUUCCAAAGUUGUAGCCAUUAUAAAGAUUCUUCAGAGGAAUGCAGAGUGUACACCCAUACUCUCUGUUUGCAAAUCUGAGACAUUCUCUUUCAGUGAUCCCUGUCAAACCUACAUAUUGUGGAUUCACAGACUCUUGCACACAUAGGUUAUACCAGAUGUGGUUGAGCCAGCAGGUACAAUUCCACUCCCCUCUUUCUGCAUGCAUGUGAAAACACACAGGAAGCUUUCUCAUAUCAAGUCAGACCAUUGCUCUAUCAAACUCAAUACUGUCUCCACUGACUGGCAGUGGCUGUCUGGGGUUUCAUACAGAAGUCUUUCUCUACCAUCCUUACAGGGAUUCCAUUUAUUUAUUUCACAAAAAUUUCUAUACCACUUGAUUUAGUUAAGAAACAACCCCCACUUAAAGUGGUUUACAAAAAAAUGAAACCAUUACAUUAGCAAUAAGAAGAAUUAACAACAAUAAUGCAAAACAUCCAAAAAAUUAAAACAGCAAUAGACCAAAAACAGAUUAAAACUUGCAUCAGCUUCCUAAACAUCUGAGUAGACUUGUCUACACAAGAAUGUUUUAGGUAAAGGUAAAGGUACCCCUGCCCGUACGGGCCAGUCGUGUCCGACUCUAGGGUUGUGCGCCCAUCUCACUUAAGAGGCCGGGGGCCAGCGCUGUCCGGAGACACUUCCGGGUCACGUGGCCAGCGUGACAAGCUGCAUCUGGUGAGCCAGCACAGCACGCGGAAACGCCGUUUACCUUCCCGCCAGUAAGCGGUCCCUAUUUAUCUACUUGCACCCGGGGGUGUUUUCGAACUGCUAGGUUGGCAGGCGCUGGGACCGAGCAAUGGGAGCGCACCCCGCCGCGGGGAUUCGAACCGCCGACCUUUCGAUCGGCAAGUCCUAGGCACUGAGGUUUUACCCACAGCGCCACCCGCGUCCCUUUAUAAGAAUGUUUUAGCAGGCACCAAAAAGCAUACAAUAAAGAUUUCUGCCUGAUAUCAAUAGGCAGGGAGUUCUAAAGUUUGAUCCUGGGACCUUUUGCAUGCAAAACAUGUAUUCCUUCCCAAAUGGAGUCCUUAACACACCAUGUCUCUGGAAACCAUGCCCAGUUUUCCAUUUCAUUGGCUGCCACUUUAUGAGAAUACUCUUGAAUGCAAUGCCCCAUGAAUUUAACAGUAGUGGCUGGUAACCAUUAGGACUGAUGGUGCAGAAGGCAGAAAUGCUAACAGUAGGUGGGGCCUGAGCCAAUGAUGGGCAGAGCCAACCAAUUUGAGUUUUGUCCCCAUCCUCCUCCCUACUGAGUUCUGCAAGGGCAACAUUGAAACUGAGGAGGAGGAAGCUGGCAAUAGGGAACCCCUGGACUAGUUGUACGUUAGAAGACAGGCAGGUGAGAACUAAAUGAGGGCGGACUGAGGUUGGUAGGGCAAGCCUGUGCUGGUGUUUAACUAAAGCAUGCACAGGAUCAGACUGCUAGUUAGCAAAAAAAAAUUCUAGCAAUAUCUGGAUUCUUACUCAUUUACCCAGGAAGAGUUUUCUUUCAAUGGCAAAGCACAAAUACCUUCCCCUGCAACAGUUAAUUAUCUACCACUUUAGAAAGGCAGGCAACAAUUUCAUUCCGGCAGGCUAAAUUACAUGACUAAUGGACUCGAGCAUAAGACUGAAUAAUCUGGAGAAAGAGAAAGAGCUGGUUUGGAUAGAAGCUAAUAAAACACUUACUCAGAAAUAAUCACUUGAGUUAAGAAACCACAGUUUUCUUGUAGGGGAAGUACAGUAUACUUUAUGAAUCCUGUAGAAAGAACAGAUAGCACUUCUAAACUUCUCAGACACUUAUUUAGAAAUGAAUGUUCAAUGGCAGUUGUGAAGAGGGACUAGAGGUCAACACAGUUUCAGAUGGCUAGUAGGAUUGCUUCACUUGAAAUUUUCAAUAGAGGUCACUUCAUACAGUGAGGAGUAGGAUAUAUUGUUGUUGAUGGUUAUUUAUUUUAAAAUAUGUGUGUGCUGCCUGCGAUUCUCACAGCAAGAGCACCAUUUCAAAGUGGUAUACAGCAAAACAAAUAUACAAUACACUUAAAAAUCAAAAAAAAGGUGUCCAACAUAAUCGGAAGUCAAAACCAUUUAAAAAACCAUAAUACCUGCCAGCACACACCAAGAUGAACAGGAUGGUUUUAAAUGUUCAUCAGAAGUGUAGCCAGGUUAAUGUUUGCUUUAUGUCUGCGAGAUGGUUAUUCCCCCCCGCCCCCCCCAAAAAGUGUCAUGACAGGGAAGACUCUGUUGUGAGUUGUUGCCCAUGAACAUUUGCAGGUUGUGGGAGAUGACUGAAAAUGACUGCAGGAAGCAGACAGUUUUAUAUGGAAGGCAUUUUCUCAGAUAAGCUGGUCCCUAGCUAGUUAAGAAAUUGUCAAUUAAUAUUAGAACCUGGAACCUGUCCUGUUAGCUAAUUGACACAGUACAGGUCUUUUAACAAGGGUGUUACAUGUCCCUGGCUCAUUAGCUUAACUGUUGCAUUCUACUCUAGCUUCAGCUUCCAGACUGCAGCUAGGGGUGGGUCCACAUAGAGCACAUCGCAGUAAUCAAGGCAUUAGGUUAGCAAGAUGCAAGUCACUGUGGCUAAGCUGUCCCUGUCCAGACACAGCCAAAGCUGAUGUACCAGCCAAAACUGGUAAGAGAUGCUCCUCAUUACUGCAGCCACUUGAGCCACCAGUGACACUGAUGACUCUAGGAGCAUCCUCAGGCUACUGUUUUGGUACUUUUGUUGUUCAUUUCUUCCAUACUCUUGGUCCAGGGACACAAUCUCACCCACAGGGGAAAUAUUUCUGAGAUUCUCUAUAGUGCAUCAUAUAUCGGGCUUCUCUUAUGGCUGAUCCAGAGGUGCCACUGCCGCAGAAUGCCCACAGCCUGGGUGCUGAGUGGUGUCUUUUAUUGGGCACACAUCACACCUGUACUGAUGGAUCUGCUCUUGCUGCCUAUUAGCUACUGAGCUAGCUUUAAGGUCUUGAGAGUUACAUAUAAACUGCUAAAAUACUCUGGACUGCUGAUUUCCCCUCUAUGUGGGUGGCACUGUGGUCUAAACCGCUGAGCCUAGGGCUUGCCGAUCAGAAGGUCGGCGGUUUAAAUCCCCGCGAUGGGGUGAGCUCCCAUUGCUCGGUCCCAGCUCCUGCCAACCUAGCAGUUCGAAAGCACGUCAAAGUGCAAGUAGAUAAAUAGGUACCACUCCAGCGGGAAGGUAAACGGCGUUUCCGUGCAGUGCUCUGGUUUUGCCAGAAGUGGCUUAGUCAUGCCGGGCACAUGACCCAGAAAAACUGCGGACAAAUGUCAGCUCCCUCGGCCAGUAAAGCGAGAUGAGCACCACAACCCCAGAGUCGUUCACAACUGGGCUUAACUGUCAGGGUCCUUUACCUUUACCUUUUUACCCUGUAAAGGCACUGAAGACAACAAAUGGAACCCUGCUAAUGUUGCCAUGGCCCAACUGGCAAUGUGAAGGUGGCCUUUUCCACUUACAGUGGUACCUCGGGUUACAUACACUUCAGGUUACAGAUUCCACUAACCCAGAAAUAGUACCUCAGGUUAAGAACUUUGCUUCAGGAUGAGAACAGAAAUCACAUGGCAGCGGUGUGGCAGCAGCGGGAGGCCCCAUUAGCUGAAGUGGUGGUUUAGGUUAAGAACAGUUUCAGGUUAAGAAUGGACCUCCAGAACGAAUUAAGUACAUAACCAGAGGUACCACUGUAUUGUACCAGAUUUAUUGAAUGCCCUCUCUGUUGAAAUUUGAGAGACCCAGUCUGUGUUUGCAUCCUGCAGGCGCUUGCAGCUGUGUAAGCAUAUUUCUGUUCCCUUGAACUAGAUCUUCUGUUUUUACUUUUAAAAAAAUCAUACAGCUAUACAGCUUUAUUGUAUAUUUUAACCAUUUUAAAUUCAAUUUAUGUGCUUGGUUUUUAAUAUUUAUAUUUUGUAAACCACUUAGAAGAAACAAGUUCCGGUACUGAGCAGUAUAUAAAUUAAUCAACAAUAGCAAUGCAGGAAAAUAAUAAUAAUAAUAGCAAUUCAGGGAAUGAACUUGUGCUUUUUCUUCCCUUGCUUCUAUGCAAUGUGCAGAGAUGAAUGCUCACCUCUGAUAACCUAUGUAAUUUCCAUCCUACUUAAUUUCCAUACAUACAUCAUCAAUGCAGUUGUCUGAAACACCUACUGGAGACCUGUGCUUAACCUGGAAGAAAGUCAAUUAUGUGUUGGUACAUUCAGGUCAGGGAUAGCAAAAUCCUUACAGUUCACAGUGAAUGUGACUCUGCUUCCAAUAUUGCAUUGAAUGGGGGGUGGAACCAACAUUGUCAGGUUGCAAGAGCUUUCUGUGAGUGUUAGGGUAAACCCAGGACUGAAUAGUGUAACUUCUACUGCUGUAGGUACUCUGAGCUGUGACUUUGAACCACUUUGUGAUUCAUGCAUUUUUAUCCCUAGAGAAGUACCUUCAUAGCAGUUGAUACCACCUUCUAAGAGAAACUCUACAGAAGAGUUUGGGCAAAUUAUUUAUGGGAAAGCAUAAUGUUAGAAGGAAAAAUUGCUAUUAGUAUAAAUAAAAAUUGGAGUAUGUCUGCAACACAGCUUCCUGCAUUUUCAUAAGUAGCACAUCGUUGCUUCACUUAGGUGUUGUGAGGAUAAGUGCAUUUAGAAGCUGGUUAUUUACUCACAGGGCAAUAAUCAUAGGGACAAAAAGUUCCUUGGGCAUAUACAGAAUAAUAAGAUAAAUACAUAAAUGUAUUUCACAAACCUAAUCUUCAAACAUAAUCUGCAAACUCUGUAAUCACAUGUUCUGAAAACAUCAGUUCUUGAAGCAUCCUUAUGAAUUAAGAAUGUAAAUAUCAUUUAAGGUCUGAUUUCAUUUUAAGACUAGACUGUGCAAACAGAUCACCAAAAUGAAUGUUGCAUUCAUUUGCUUGUGAGUGAGUGUCACUGCUUUCAAUAGUUUUUACUAAAUGUAUAGUAUCUGUUGAAAUGAAAGUCACUUUCAUGGAAUCACAGAACUAUAGAAUUGGAAGGGACCCCAAGGGUCUCCUAGUUAGAUGCCUUGCAGAGACAAAGGUAAGGUUCUCCACUUAGGUAGGAAGAACCAGCACCACAAAUAUAAAAUGAGGAACACUUGGAUUGCUGAUAGUACAUAUGACAAGGAUCUAGGGAUGUUAGUAGACCACAAGCCAACAUUGUCAAUGGUGAGUCAACAAUGUGAUGGAGCAGCAAAAAAAAAGCUAAUGCUAUUCUAGGCUGCAUCAAUAGAAGUGUCUUGAUCAAUGGACAUAAUAGUCCUACUCAAUUCUGCCUUAGUCAAACCACACCUGGAAUACUGUGUCCAGUUCUGGGUGCCACAAUUUAAGAAGGAUAUUGACAAGCCGAAAUGUGUGCAGAAGAGGGUAAUCAAGAUGAUGAAGGGUCUAGAAACCAGGUCUAAUGAGCAGCAGUUGAUGGAAUGGAGUAUGUUUAGCCUUAUAAAGAGGAGACUAAGAGGUGAUAUGAUAUCCAUCUCCAAAUAUCUAAAGGUCUAUCACAUGGAGGGUGGAGCAAGCUUGUUUUCUUCUGCUCCAGAGAGUAAGACUUGAACCAAUGGAUGUAUGUUACAAGACAGGAUAUUCUGAAUAAACAUCAGGAAGAACCUUCUGACAGUAAGAACUUUUUGACAGUGGAACACACUGCUACAAGAGAUGGUGGACUCUCCUUCUUUGGAGGUCUUUAAGCAGGGUUUCGAUUGUCAUCUGUCAUGUAUGAUCUAGCUGAGAUUCCUGCAGUUCAGUGGGGUGAACUAAAUGACCCUGUGGCUCCCUUUCAACUUCACAAUUCUAUGAUUCUAUGAAUGCAAGAAUCACAGCUAAAGAAUUCCUGACAGAUGGCCAAUCAACUUCUGUUUUGAAAACCUCCAUCUUCUGAGUUGCACUUAGACCAGUUUUGAACUAUUCUUGUUUCAGGGAAGACAGUGGACACUUCUGAGCCAGUCUGAAAGCUGUCCUUUUUGGACAGUCUUCCAUAAACCAAAAUAGUAGUUUUCCCCAAGAUGAUGGCUAAUUUAUAUAACACUGCAAACAAGAGAUAAUUCUAAAGAGAAAUGUAUCCUUAAUUAUUAUUUAUCUCUACGUUUCUGGAUGGCAAAGUAGGUGCACUUCUCACACCUAUUGUUCCUUGUGUUGGUGAUAAUUAUGUGCUAGGAUUUCCUGCAUGGAUAGAAAACAGCUUCCUGGCCAAGGGAGGCAUAUUUUGUCUUCCCUUCCGAAAAAGCAAGACUGAUAGAAGGCUUGCAGGAGAAAACGCAACUCCUUCCUUGAAGGAGUAAAGGAUCAAGCAGGGGUUGGGCGCCAUGCUGUAGUUAAGCAGGUCCUAGCCUGGUAUCCUUGAAGUAAUGAUUGGUUCAUCCAAAUUGCCAAGCGCUGUAUAGUUAAGCAGAUGUAAAUAAGCUGUCUCCCCAUACUUAAUGAUUCACCGAGUGCAAAAGAAAUUACAUAUGAUUGUAGGUAAUGAUUUAGUUUGCAGGAUUCCUAAUUUAGGGCCUGAACUAAAAACCUGCUCAGCAAAAGGAAGUCUGUUGGAACAUGUGGGGCAAUGGAUCUCAAAAUGUUGAGAAAAAACUUCCCCAAAAGCCCAAUGCUUGAAGCUGCACACAAUUAGGGUUGCUGAAUUUCCUGGACAUAUCUGGAAUACUGCAUUUGUCAGUAGUGUCCAGGCAGAAAUUGGCUAAAUGUUUUGGAAAAUCUGGAUGGAUGGCAACCCAUGUUGGCAGUGCUGUUUUUAUAGAAAAUAGUCGAGAACUUUGGGCAAAACUAAAAAAAGCUCAACAACAUUUUUCACUGUUUUCACUGGAUUUUCACUGUUUGAAAUAUGGCAACCCUACACACAAUCAUUUUACCUGAGCCUAUUAUUUUGAAGGUUCAGAGGUCCAUUAAGUAAUUAUUGCUCUUAGCUCAGGCAUAACCAACAUGGUGCAGAUGAUGCUGGACUUCACCAUCCCAGAGCACGGGCCAUGCUGGCUGGGGCUGAUGGGAAUUGGAGUCGGACAACAACUGGAGGGAACCAUGUUGGCUACCCCAGUCUGUUGACAUGCCCUUCUCGAGCAUGGGUGAUGUAAAGAUUUGACACUCACAGGAAACAGAGGGACAGUGUUUUGAGAGAGAUAAGAAAAUAUGAGUUGCCUCUGGAAGGGAUGGUCCACUCGUUCCUCUAGAAAAAUGAAGCUGCUUCAGGAAGGAAAGGACCAUGCUGGCAGGAACGGAAAGGAAGGAUAAACUAGAUAGCUUUUGAAAGGUCUCUGGCCUGGACCCCAGUAUAGUAUAUGGUAACAGGUCCCCAAAGGCUUUAUUUUCGUAGACUGUUUUCAAGGGAAAGACUGGUUUGGUUAGUUUCCUCCCAGCAGGUGGAAGGGCCAUUGGGUCACUUUCAAAAUAAAUUAGGCAUGAGCCUAUCCAUUUUCUUUUCCUCAGCUUUGAUACAAGACAUUCCUACAUAAUUUAACUGAUUCAAGGGUGACUGGAAGGCAGCCAGAUUUUAUUGGGGUGGAGAUGAGAGUGGAGUCCGAACAGGUGUAUUUAUGCAUACUAGUUUCUUUGUUGUCUUCGGUACAGGGAAAAAUAAUAAUAAUUCAAAGGAUAUUUUAUUGCUUCAGAUCUCAGGAGCCCAUUAUGAAGAUGGAUUUACAUCAUCUUGUGAGGGAAACAUAUUACCCAACUUUCUUUAUGGUGAGAUGUCACCAAAUGGUGAAGAUGUACAUAGAGCCAUUGUCAUAUAGCAUUCCCAUUUCUCUGAUAAAAAUAGGGAAAUCCAUUAUUAUUAUUAUUAUCCCACCCAUCUGACUGCCUUAAAUUUAUGAGUAAGAAAAAUAAAAUCUGAUUAAAAUUUAUAUAAGCUGGGUUGUUGUUGUUUUUAAAAAAGGUAUAAAUAAAGGACUUCAUUUAGAAAAAGCAAAGAAAGAAACCACACUAAAUGCCCAAACAUCUGCUGGAAAGAUCUAUAGAUCGGAAGCCAAUACAUUAGGUUAUGGUGUGACUGUGUGGCGCUAGGUCAGAUGAAGAUCCACCUUGUCCAUCAUUCUUGUCUUGUCCAUUAAGAAACUGCUUAAUGGACCACAAUCUAUUUUCUGUCCAGCUCUAUGUUUGAGGAAAUAUGAUGUAUAGUUUUCUUGUUGUUUUUCCCCCUCAAGCAAGAACAUGCAUAAUAGUUGUUGGUUUUCCUUAGUGGAGUCUGUGUAGACUAUAAUUAAAUCUAUAAUUGUAAUUCCAAGGCUUCCUACUGAUUUGUGUAAAAUAUGUUUUUGUUCCAUUUUUUAAAAACUACUCUUGCAAUUACGUGUCCUGGGACCUUAGGCUGAAAGGAGGAUCAUAAAAGCAGCAGCAGCAGCACCUGCACUUUUGUAGAAAAUAAAUCCAAGGCUCUCCUUAGCUGCAGUUUAGGCUGCAAUAUAGGAGUGACACUGCACUCAACUUAUCUGUUGGCAUUUUGCCUUCUUUGCAAUAAGAUAUUUGGAAUGAUUGCCAGUAACCUUACAGUGCCUUUGCAUACAUAAGAAUGAAUUUCAUCGUGUCAGACAGGUGGCUGGAUUUGAGCUGCAGGUAUGAAUUAACAAAGAAAACCCCCAGCAGUGUUACCUUAAGGGUAGAGGAUGCAUGGUGUAAACAAACUUUUUGUGACAAGUAAAGAAGAGGAAUAGAUGUACUAACAGUGUAGACUUGCAGAUCGAGAGCCAUUACUGGAAUGAAAACCAUCAGUGCAACAAGUGCUCACUGCACUCAGCCUAUGGGCAGUGUUUUUAGCAUAUAUCUGUCUAGAGGAAUUAAACUGAAUAUUGCACUGUAAGCCAUUUAAAUUUUGCACUAAAAACCCCCCUUCAUAUUAAUAGAACACCUUACAAACUGUGCAUAUGUGAUAAGUGAAUCCCAGUCCUUAUACACCUUUGGAUAUAGCUGAGAGGAUGGUGGGGUAAUUUGCACAGUCAAUGUCAUGACCGCAUUGUAUGUGAUAAAUCUAUUCUUUGAUCUAAAUCAAUAUUUCAGAAGAGCUGAGUUAAUCAGAGGCAAGCCUAUCCCAGGACUUACGUUAGACUGGGGAGAAUUUGGGGAGGAGGUAUCUGUUCUGGAAAGAAUCUACUAUUUUCUUCCACCAGUGCUGAUUUCUCAGGAGUUGAGGUUGUGCAGCGCCAAGCCUGUUAUGAUUAUGUAGUUGGGUGUGCAUAGAGGGAAGUAGGUUUAUAACACCAAAUGAGGGUAAAAGCCUGCUCUGAUAUGAAACUUGGUGCUCUCAGGAGAGAGAUAAGAGAUGAGCAGGGUGAGUGUAAACCCAUUGGGGUUUCUGGCUUUAUUUAGAACAACAUUGUGUUUCUAUUUAUUGAUACAGUAUAUGUAGACAUUUCACUUUUAUGCAAAUCAUUUGCUAUGGUCUUGAUUGUACUCAUACCUGUGUGUCUAUUUAUUGUAAACCGCUUCAAGAUCUUCAGAUAGUAAGUAGUCUAAAAAUGGAAAUAAUAAAUACAUAAAUAAAACAGAUUUGCUUAGCUUAUUCUGCAUCCAUACUCCUAUUUAUUUACAUAUAUUUAAAAGAAUUUGUCAACCAUUUCAUAUUCUUAAAAACUCUAAGCAGUGUAUAGUCUGAAAAAGAAACAAUAUAUCAUAAGAAACAAAACCAUAACCUAAAACCAAUAUAAAAACACAGGAAGCAUAUAAAAGCAAACCCCCCCCCCAUAAUAUCCUGAUGUCUUCACAAGACUGUUGAAGCAACCAAUGGUUUCCGCUUCUGCAUACUCAGAAGAGUCCCAGGCCCUCUGACGACUACAAUGACUUAUUUUUGAAAGGUUAAGCAUGUCCCUGCAUGCAGUCUCAAUUGGCACAGUUUUGUGGUGAGCCAUUUGACUCAUACUGACUGCCUAAGUUCUAUGAGGCAAAUGAAAUGCGAUGCAGCCUUUGGCAAUUGUUGGGGGAAAGGCAAAUAAAUAAAAAGAAACUACUCUCUCUGCGAGGAAGCGAGGACAGUGUGCUUAGCUCUAGCCACAAAGAGCACGCACCUUUACUUUAUCCCAUAUAAAUGAAUGGUUAGGGACUCUGUUGCACAAGAGAAAAAGCCUACACAUCUCUAGCCCCAACACUGGGCAGCCUGAGAGGGGCCAUACUGGCAUACAGUAUAUUGCACUGCUGUACAUGGCCAAACUCUGUAGCUCACCAUCCACUAAACCCCUUUGCUUUCCAGAGCAUUUUGCUAGUACAUUGGAUUGUAUACAAUAGCUCUAGUCAGAGUAAGCCCAUUGAAAUUAAUAGUCAUGACUAACUUAGGUUCAUUCAUUUUUAGUAAGUCUACUUUGAGGAAAGCUUGGUCAGAUACAAUCCAUUUUGAUUUAUCAUGGCAAAAUAUGUAGCAGUUCCAUUGCUCACUUCUUUCAUCAGUCAGUUAUCAUAAAAACUAAAUUAUAAUUAAUCAUGUGGUCUCUCAGUAAUUACUCAUUUAUUUAAUUUUUUUACCUCCAGGAAGAUUUUUAGGCCAAGAUUUUAAUUAUUCUUAAAUGUCCCCAUUCCAUUCUUAGUCACAUACUUGGAAGUUCUGUGGAAAACAGUAGGACUUGUUUCUGAGGCCACAUUCACACGAUACAUUUAAAGCACUAUGAUAUCACUUUAACAAUCAUGGCUCCCCCAAAGAAUUCUGGGAGCUGUGCUUUGUUAAGGGGGCUGAGAGUUGUUAGGAAACCUCUUUUACUCUCCCAGAGCUACAAUUCUCAGAUUGGUUUUAACAACCAAUCCCUCUUCACAGGGAAUUUUGUAGUUUUGAGGGAUACAGUUCUCCUAAUAACUCUCAGAACCCUUAAUAAACUACAGUCCCAGAAUCCUUCGGGAGAAGUCAUGACAGUUCAAAGUGGUAUCAUAGUGCUUUAAAUGUAUGGUGUGAACAUGGCCUAAAUGUGUGCAGAAUCAGGGUGGUUUUAAAGAAUAAUUUUGACUAACUGCUGAGUCCUUUGUGAAUGUGCUUUCUACAGAAUGGGUUUGGCUGAGCUGCUAUGUUAUGCUGAGUAAACGAUAUUGAAAUGUUGGAGUGCAAACAUGUCAGUUUCCUGGAGUAACUGCCCAGAUAGCAACCUAACAUGGAACAUACUGCAUCAAAGGUCAGUGCUUUGUUCAGACUAACUCCUUUCAAGCUGACUAUUUGUUCAAGCUUUAUCCCUGUAAAGUAUUUGGGGUAUGUGUUCUCAAGCAAUGAAAUCCAGAUUCAGUUAUGCAUCACGAUUCUACUUAGUUCAUUGCUCUUUGGUCAUAGUGCUCCAACAGACCAUGGAAAAUACUCUUUCCUAUCACACAACAGGUCAUUUCAUCUGUACGUUUGCAGUGCUGUUUGAUUGUUCGAGAUAGGCCAGAAAUAGAUGAACUUUGCUACGAAGAUUCACAGCAUCUGAGGCAACUCGGACAUUGUGGGCUUUGAACAUUCCAUCCGCUGAGAUGUUGCAUUAGCCUCAGAGCAAAAAAGUCAUCACAGAUUAGUCAAGCCCAGAGAACCAUGGCUUGUGUGCUUGAUCCAGGCAGCUGGAGAAGUUGUUCAAAUACGGUACCCGUUUGAUUCCUGCAUCUCCAUCUUAAGGUAUCUAAAAUGAGUUUGGCAAAUGUGAUUAUCUUCUUCAUCUGUAUGCUAGCAGAACUUGCUGGAAAGAGGCUAAGAUAGUAAUGUGGGUAUUCAGUCUCUCUCUCUCUCUCUGUGUGUGUACAUGUUCUCUCACACACACACACACACACACACACACAGAGUAUACAUGCAGUUCCCUUAGAUUUUUCAUUUUAGCUAUUUUUUUACCUCCAGCAUGAAAGUGAAAAUACCAUAACAAACAAUAUCCCCAGCAUACCUAAGUUUCACCACCCCAUAAGCAUGGAGCUUGAAAAGCUUUGAGUUUCAAACAAAAUGCAGUCAUAACUUGAACAGCUCUGCCUUAAGGCCUUUUGAUAAAUCCAUAUUUAUUUAGUUUUUGCAGUAUAAAAAAUAAGGAAAACUCCAGGGGGAAAGCCAGACCUGAAAAUGUCUUUGAUUUCUAUAGAUUGAAAAUAGAAGUGAUCUCAUCUUAGAAACUUUACUUUUAACGGCAGCUAGUUAGUAUACUAUACUAUCUGGGGUGGGGGUUGGCACUGAAGCUGCAGCACCUGAGCUUAAGAGAGACGAGUCCUAACGCCAGAUCUGUUUGGGCUGCCUCUAGGGAGGGGGGGCCAAGAUUGAAGCAGGAGAGGAGCAGUAGCUGGGUCAACUGCAAAGCAGGCAAAACCUUUGUUACCACCUUCCUGCUUUGCUUUGCUACUGCUGCCCCCUGAAGGGAGAGGAGAGAUGACAGACCAUCCCUGGAGGACACUAGACCCACUGACCACUGCUUUGUAACAACUGGCCUCAACACCAGACUUCAGGGUGGGGUGGGGAAGUUAAAUGGGAAAAAUUGCUGGUUUGAUGUGCACGGUUUUUGGACUAGGAGGAGGCUGAGGUUUUGUUUAUUUGCUAGUGGAUCAAAGCAUUGCUUUGUUUAUUAUUUGAGUAUUACAGUGGUACCUCAGCUUACAGAUGCUUCAGGUUACAGACUCCGCUAAUCCAGAAAUAGUACCUCAGGUUAAGAUCUUUGCUUCAGGAUGAGAACAGAAAUCAUGCUUUGGCAGUGCAGUGGCAGUGGGAGGCCCCAUUAGCUAAAGUGGUACCUCAGGUUAAGAACAGUUUCAGGCUAAAACAGACCUCCAGAACAAAUUAAGUUCUUAACCCGAGGUACCACUGUAUUACUAUUUUUUGCUACUACAGUCAUACCUUGGUUCUGAAAUGGAAUCUGUUCCAGAAGUCCGUUCGACUUCUGAAAAUGUUCAAACACCAAGGUGAAGCUUCCAAUUGGUGCGGGUUCCGCAUCGAACAUUCGGCUUCCAAAAAAUGUUCGCAAACUGGAAUACUCACUUCCGGGUUUGCGGCGUUCAGGAGCCAAAACGUUUGAGUCACAAGGCAUUCAAGAACCAAGGUACGACUAUAUUUAUAAAGCUGGUAUGUGUGCUUUUUUGUUUUUCCAUGGGUGUUUAUGUUGUAUGAUACACUAUGGUAUUAUAUAUUGUAAAUUUUUCUUUGCUGUGAGUUGUCUGGAGACCUUUGGGUGACAAGCGAUGAAUAUAUUUUAUAAAUAAUAAAAUUAAAUUAAAAUUCAGCUCAUCACAGAACAGGAAUAAAGUCCAAUCCAUCCCAUUGCUGUGCGGGUUUCUGAGGACAAAUCUGUAUAAUUCUUUAGAAAUCUACACAAAUGUAAUGUACAAAAUAAAGGGGGAAUUCCCACCUGCUUGCCAGGUGGGUCCAAUAGAUUCCUAUCUGUGUUCAAAAAGGAAGUACAGCAGCCUAGAAGCACCUAACUAGCAAAUGGGUCUCCUGCUGUUGCACAUAUUGAAAUCAAUGUAGCAAGACCAAUUAAGUGAUGGUGUUCUAUCACUCAUGGGGAAUUUUAUGUAUUUUAUAUACAUUUUAUUUUGUUGUUGUUGAAUUCCCCCCAAAACUCUAAGGGAGAUUUGAAUGUAAAAUGCACAUAAAAUAUCCUAAAUUUCUGCAAGAGUGUGAGGCAUAUCAUCAAGACCUGUUAAUCCCCGUGGGAUUUGCUGUACUGAUUUCAACACACAUGAGCAACAGGAGCCCCACACACUAGGUAGCUGCUUUUAGGUGGCUGAAAUUACUUUUUAAAGAAGAUGGACAGACAGCCAUUGGACCACCUCAUAUAUGUAAAUCUGUACAAGAGUGAGAAUCUGACUGUGCAUGGAUUCCCCACCCAUCGCUAGCUGCUUCUUGUUACUCAGUGGUGAUCGAACAAUACAUGUAGUUUAUGUGUCUUCUCUUGAUCCCUCUCUUUUCCAGCUUCACAGGUUUCCGAGCUGGGACUCGCCAGAAGACCUUUGCUUCCCAUUAACAUCUAUUUACAUAGCAAUACAUACAUGUUGUCUUCUCUUCUGUUCAGACACAACGUUUGACAAGUACUCCUUACCUUGAUGGCUUCGUUUUCGUCUUGUAGAAAUGCAUUCUGAAAUGGCCCAGUCCUAGGAGAGCCACACCAUAUUAAAUUUCUGAACAUGUAGAAUCAGUCCUCAAAUGGCAAUGGAAGCUGCUUAUUUCUUAAUGCAAACAUAUGUAAUGAGGCAACUCAUUAUUAAUAACCAUUAUUUUUACAUAAGCUCCAUUUUUGGACAGAAGAACAAAGAAACACAUCCCCUUAUGGUAUUAAAUGGUUACUGAACAAGCAGAAGCUAAGUUCAGAGCUUCUUUGUUGGGUAUUACCAGGAUUAGCUAUAAUUAAAGAAUUAUGAUGUAAUUUGCCUGAAAAGACCAUAUGAUAUUAGAUCUUACUGACUUAAUUUUCUGAAAUGUGAGAUGACAAAGAACAGAUGUUUGAGAUAUUACAGCUGCAUGGCACUGCUUGAUAAGUUUUGAAUUAAUAGCAUGCUUUACAUGAAAGAAGCGGUAAAGGAAACCAAAUGACCGUAAAUGAUAAUAAAUCCAGGGUUGUGCAGGCUGGGGCAGAUACAAUCAUUCCUAAAUCCUCUUCUGCUUCAGUUCUGUUCUAUAUGGAAUGGGUAAGUGAGAGGCUGGCAAGGGGUUUGUCAUUGGCUAGGAGAAUACACAUAAUCAUAUCAUAAGGCAUUCUUCUGUCUGCUCUAUAGUUUAUGAGUUGCUCUAGUGCAGGGCUAGGAACCUGUGGCUCUGCAGAUGUUCCUGGAUGAUGUUCCCAUCAUCCCUGACACUUGGUCCUGCUAUCUUGGAAUGGUGGGAGCCCCAACAACAUCUGGAGGGCUGCAGGUUCCCCAUCCUGCAUCCAUGGGACUCUACCUUCUAUUACCUGUUGAAGAAAUCAAUGUUAUUUUUGCUGUCAGCACUCCCAAAAGUUGGGCUUUGCCUUGUGAAUGAUGCAUUGGCAUCUCAGCAGUGGAGCUCAAAUCCACAGUGCCUGUUUUACAAAGUCUUUUCUUUCCCACUGAGUGAAUGGUCUGUUGAUGCUGUUGCCUCCUGUGUGCUACUGUAGCUUUCAGUCUUUCUUAGCCAUAUGGCUUUCAUCCCUCUUGAAGCAGGGCUUGUUCCUCUCUGACAUAUAUAACUAGAUGCGUGUUGCAGUCUGUGUUCUGAACUUGUAUGUCUCUGUGUGUAACUGAGAGUAUCUCAAAAACCUGAGGCCUUUUCCUGAGAAGCCUCUGGUUUCUCCAUUUAGGCCUGCUAACCACGAGACCACAAGAAGCUCUAAACAGAGAUUUCCCACCUGCAUUCUUGUGGAUUUUAUAUGGAGGGGGCGUAACCUGAGUGAGUAGGAUGACAUUGUCUGACAUCCCCAUUGUCAUCAGCUGUUGAUUAGUGCCUUACUUGCAUGGGUACUGUGGGUUCAUGACUGAUGUACUAUAGGAGCAGAGGGAACAUAGGAAGCUGACAUCCUCCUGAGUCAGGCCAUAGAUCAGGGUUCCUCAAACUCAGCCAUCCAGAUGUUUUUGGCCUACAACUCCCAUGAUGCCUAACUAGCAGGACCAGUGGCCAGGGAUGAUGGGAAUUGUAGUCUCAAAACAUCUGGAGGGCCAAGUUUGAGGAAGCCUGCCAUAGAUCCACCUAGAUUGGUAUUGUUUACACUGACUAGAGCCAUCUCUCCAUGGUUUGCCAGGGAUUGAACCUGCAACAGAAACAUUUUCCAGUCCUAUCCAGCUACUGUGGUGGCAGAGUUUUUGGAAACACUCAGAAAUCUGCCUUAUACUGAAUCAGACUAUUGGUUCCAUCUCCUUCAGCACUGUCUACACUCUGGCAGUGACUCUCCAGGGUUUCAGGGGUCUUUCUCAGGGAUUGAACUUGGAGCCUUCUGGAAUUUGAGAACAUCUGUUGCUGCAAUAGCUUUCGUAUCAACAACAAUUGCUGUUGACACUACUCCUGGUUAAGCAAAGGACAGCAUAUCAGAUUAUCAUAAUGGUCAUCAAGGCUCACCCUGUCUUGCAUAAUCAAAUAUGGAACAAUAAGCCACUGAGAUUCUAUUUUAGAAUUGGAGCUGUGUCAGUGAAUCCUCCUUAUUGUCUACCAAAUUUCAUUUUGAAGUGUAAUUAUUGUUAAAAAAACAAAAAAAAACAAAAACACCUUAGGCCAUGGUACGCUACCCAUUCUGGAAAGCAGAUCAAGACAUGGAAGACUGCCAGGAAAUUAUUAAAGUACAAGGCAACCUCUUCUUACAUUCCUAUUUUAUCUUCUCUGUAACUAUUCAUGGAUUUCUACCUUGCCUACUGGGCUUCCAUUCAAAUUUACUACAUUAUCUCCUUAGGCUGAGAUAUUUGCAUCAGCCUUAUAUGAAAUAUCUAAUAGUGCUUAAGGAUGAGUGAAUCAGUCUGUUUCUGGUCUGUGUCAGCUUUCCAUAAGUCCGUUUCAUCCUAUUUCCGUGUUAAUGUGUUGUUGUUCUCAAAUUCUCAUGGGCAAAGCAAACCGGUGAGGUUGGAGGAGGCAAUAGAACUACCAGUUCCCAAGCCCAGCCAGUCUCAUGCCUGCCAGGGUAAAAGCUUGGGAGGGGUUAGUAUGCCACGUCCAAGGCUGGCAUUUAUUCCAUCUACCACCGUCAUGGCAUACUGAGAUAAUGAGAGGGCUUGGAAUUCACUGGACCAACGCCACUCCUAAUCAGUCCCCGAAAUGCCCCUUUUCCCUUUUCUCUGCCAAGUUUUUCCUAUAUACCCUUUCCCCUCUAUGUGAUCCUUUCUCUGUGUCAUGGCUGACAUGAGACAGAAACACCUGCAAAGUCAUAUGGCCUCCCACUGAUCAUAUGAUUGCACCCUUUAAUACCUAUUUAAGACCACAUUUUAAAAUGUGUUUUGUUUUGAGCAUGCUUUUUGAACUGAAAACUGCAUCAAAACAUUUGGGAAGUGUGAAAGCUCAUGGAAAACUGUGUUAUGUGAUAAGGGAAGAUCAGGUCAGUCCCUAUCAGAAAAAAAUAGUAAAGAUCAAGUGGAGAUAAUAAGAGUACUUUUCUUUUUUUAAAAAAAAGGUUAUUUCCACUGUUCUUACAUCUCUCUCUCUCUUUCUGUAAGCAAGUUAGCUGUUUCUCCCAUGGUUCCUAAAUUACUCUUUAGUUUGGCACAGCUGAGACACGAAAGCUGCCAGCCUCCUUCUCUAGCUAUUAUCACCAUUUUUAUUUUUAUUUUUUUGUAUCUUGCCAAACCUCUGUCUCCAUGUAUUCCUCCAGAUUGCUUAAGGUAAUAAAUAAAUAAAUGUACAUUCUCAAGUACAACUUAAAAUUGUUACCAUAAUUGUAUGCAGUAUUCAUAUCUCACUAUUAUUAUUCCUCUAUUGAGAAGAUUAAAGGGCUGGUCUGCAACAGCAAUUUGUCUAGGACAGAGGUACAUAGCACAUCUCUUCCUCCCCAGUCAUCAGAUCAAUCAUUUGAGGAGCACAGAGGGGAUGAUAACUAGCUAUGUACAAACAUGUCUCAUUCAGCUAUGAUAUUCGUUCACCCUUUCAUCUGGUUUGACUUUCCAGUGUUGCAAUUGGUUUAUUUUGCACAAGUCUAUGCAAACUGAAUUGAUGGAAGGAAACAGAUUGCUAGGGCAUUUGAACAGUUUCCUCUGACAUCCCCAGUGAUGAACAAUCUUCUCAGUUGAUCUGCAUCAGAUGGGGCUGUGUAAAUGGUGUUGUGUUACACCAGAAGUGGUUUAGUCAUGUUGGCCACAUGACCUAGAAAGCUGUCUGUGGACAAACACCAGCUCCUUCAGCCUGAAAGCGAGAUGAGUACUGCACUCCAUAGUCGCCUUUGACUGGACUUAACCUUUACCUUUUUUGCAUGUAUAUGAGAGAGUGUGUGCAAGUGUAUGAUGGCCAAAUGCACCACUGGCAUAUGACCUCUGGAGGGUUUGCCAAGAGUGAAGGUGUCCCCCAGGCUAAAAAGCAUUAGCCAUAACCAGAAGCCUUAUAGUGGGUCUCUAAAAACUGAAAAUAGAACUGUUGUUCUUAACAUGAACCGUAAUGGUGACACAGAUUAGCCAUUCUGUAGCUUCAAAACAAUACAAGCAUUCUUGAAGUUGGAGGUUCCUUAAACUUCUUCUUGGUAUUUGUUUAUGAAAUUUAGAAAGCAUGUCAUAUGACAACUGAAGGAAAUCAAGGCUAAUGCAGGUUUCAUUUAGGGUGGGUAUAUCAUAGAAGCACAGCUGUGGGGUUGGAAGGGAAUGUAGUGAAUCAUCUGGCACAAGUCCCUGCCCUGUAGCAGGACAUCCUAUGCAUAAAGCAUUUCCUGGCAGAUUCCUGCCCAUCCUUUGCUUAGAUAUUUCCACUCUCUAGGCAACUAUUCCUGUUUAGGAUUAGAGCUGCUCCAGGAAGCUGUCUAAAGAUACAGACAUAUACCAUGCACACCCAACCACCUUAGAAGCAGAGCAACAUUUCAAAAUGAAUCCUUUGGAAUUUAAAAAUGCUUAGCCAGAGUAUGAUACAAUCUUUUAUCACAUAAUCACAUGUUACAACUGCUCUUUUCAUUUCUUGCAAAGUUACUGCUCCCUGCCAUUAUUUAGCUCUUGUGAGGUUUCCAGGUUUUCAUUCUCAAGGACCCUUAAAGUUGUGUGCCUAAAAAUAGCCAUUAACAAUUUGUGUUACAGAAAGGGCAACGUACAGUUGUUCCAUUUGAUUUGCUUCAAUUUCCCAUCCUUAUUCAGUGACCAACAGAACAACAGCUGAUUUCCCCAUCUCUCCCAAUACAAAAAACGGCUGUUACACGUUACUAAGGCUGUUACUAAGGCUGUUACCCGAUCUUCACACGUGGGAGAAAACACAGGUUCUCUGAUAGGUGGAAAACACAAAUAAAGUAAACCUAGGCAGUCUUAAUGUCAACCAAUGUGGAAAUUAAUUCUAGGUGAUAUGCUAGGUUUUUUAAAAAGCGAAUAGAGGGGAAAUAUUUUAUGUGAUGUUUGAAAAUACUGAAUUUCACCAUUGAACAGUGCAAUCGUAAACUGGAGAAGGAGGAUCUUGUGAAGAUUGGGCUUUAUUCCCUAAGAGAAAUUUCACUCCAACUAAAAAGUAGAGUUAUCCAAACUGCAUUCAUGUUACGUAAGGUGGGAUGCCACUACUGGACCACCUUCCUGGCUGCAGUGGUGCUGUCCCUUGCCAAGGAUGAGGUGGAGCAGCAGUGAGGGUGGAGGAAGCCAUGGAUUGGCAGCAGCUGUGGGCCCAGGUGUUAUACCCCCUCCACCUGCUGCCAGUCUUGUGCUUACCUGCCCUUGCUGCCACCUGAUUGGCCCAUACCAGGGAGCAGCAAUAUUACCAUAGCCAGGAGGGUGAUGCAAUAACAAUAUCUCACAUCAUAUGGCGCUAUUGCUACUUUGGCUUCUACUAUCUGCUGCCUCCUGCUAUUUUCCAUUUUAGGACACUGACCAGAUGCAAACUCAUGGUGUUACCAUCAACCACCACCCCUCCCCCCCCAAAAAAAGUUCUUUGUCUACUCUAUAACUUGAUGGAGAGUUCUGGAGAACUUGCAGCCUUUCACCCUAUUUCAUGAUGCUUUGGUUGGUGAAAUAAAGAUUUUGACCUACAGUGGUGCCUCGCAAGACGAAAUUAAUCCGUUCCGCAAGAGUCUUCGUCUAGCGGUUUUUUCGUCUUGCGAAGCAAGCCCAUUGACGGAUUAGCGCUAUUAGCGCUAUCAGCUGUUUAGCGGCUAUUAAAGGCUUAAAGGCUUAGGGGAUUAGCUGCUAAAAGGCUAUUAAAGGCUAUUAAAGGCUUAGCAGAUUAGAUAAAGGGGGAAAGCGAAAAAAAUCUCAAGACUCGCAAGGUAUUUUCGUCUUGCGAAGCAAGCCCAUAGGGGAAUUCGUCCUGCGAAGCAACUUCAAAACGGAAAACCCUUUCGUCUAGCGGUUUUUCCGUCUUGCGAGGCAUUCGUCUUGCGGGGCACCACUGUACUAUGAAUAUUCAAAACAUGUGCCAAAUGGAAAUGACCUAGGUUAAAUUAACAACAAUAUCAUCAAUGGAUUCAUUUGUGCAGCAGAGAAAAAUAUUAAUAAAUGUUUAGGAACAUGGUGUGGGGUGGCAUUCCAUAUUUUUCAGCCAUAGAAGCCCAUAGAAAUCUUGGCAUCCAGAAUAUCCUCCCCGAAGCUUUGCAGGAUUUCUGUAUCAAUGCAGCAGCCUGUACUAUUAUCUUAAUCAAUACUAGAUAAAAUAGAAGGGUUGACCACUUCUGCUGUGGUCAGGUAUAUGUAGGUGAGAUUUCAAACAGGUGUCAAAUAGUUCCAUAGAGCUGAAUGGUUCCUGGUAGACCGCUCCUUUCUCUUUUUUUAUCAGCACCUGCUAGUUAUUUGUAAAGCUAUCAGUUGUACUUGAUAACUCUUGUGUUAAUGUGCAUAAUCAUCAUGGGUUACUUUGCUUUUCAUUUUAGCCACAGAAUAUCAAACACCUUCGGAAAAUCUGUUCCAUUUGUGGGACUAACUUUUUAUGAUUGCUGAAACUUAAGGCAAAUACAGCUCAGAAUUUGUUGACAUUUAGUGCUCACCUGUUGCCUCUGUUGCAAUUUAUAUAUACGUUCUAUUUUAACAGCCAGUCUGUGAGCUCAGAAUGGCAUUUCUAUGGCAUCUCGGGCUAUGUAAACAUCCCAAAAGGUGGCAGAUAUUUAUUUUGUAUCUGGUGACACAUUCAGAAAUAAUGUUGUCGGACUGGGUCUUUCACUCUUUCCUUUCCCUAUGUUAUGAAUCGAUGUACUUAAAUUGAUAGCUGUAAAAAUAAAAUAGUAUCACUGGGUUGUAGGCAACUAAGUUCUACUUAGAAUAGACCUGCUAAAAUUAAUUGGUCUGAAUUAAUCGUGUCCAUUAAUUUCACUGGGUGGUAUUCAACUAAGUUUUACACAGUGUAGACCCAUUGAAAGUAAUUAACAUGACUAAGUUAGGACCAUUAAUUUCAGUGGAUCUAUUCUGAAUAAAACUUAAAAAUCACCCAAUUGGCCUACUCUGAGUAUGACUAACAUUGGUUGCAGCUUACUGUUUCACAAUUAUAUCUAUGCAGAACUAUACUUUGCCAAAAUGAUUGUCAUUCCAACACUUCAUUUUUCUUCAUAGCAAAACCUCCAUGAUGGCUCAUGACUGUUCGAAUGAGUUGCAUAAAAACAAUGAGUCUCUGAUGUGAAUGUGUGUCACAACUACUGGCUCUAUAUGCAGCAGAAUUCUAGGAAUACCUGAGGAAUUUGCUGUUUGGAAUUGCAAUAUGAAUUGACGGCAUGACCUGUACUUCCCAGACAAACAUGUGGAAUGGAACAUAUAGUACUAUCCAUUGGCUUUUGUGUGUCUUGAAAUGCUACAAUGCAGCUCUCUGUUCAAAGAAAGGUGGAUUUAAAUAUGGAUAUUUUUUUUUAAAAAGACUCUCCUCCUGGAAGAGAGGGGAGUGGUUGUGGGCGGGAGCCCGAGCUCCGCCCCAAGCAGGGGGCGUUAGCCCCCUGCCUCCCACUCACCUGGCUGGCGCCCACGCCCAUCGGCAGGCACCCAACCAGGUGCCUCCGAGGGGGCGUGUACAGCAGCCUAAAUGCUGCGGCGCCAGCCCCUCCUCGGCCUCACUCUCAUAGAUGGAUGUGAAAGUGAGAUGGAAUGGACAAAUGUAAAAAGGAUAUGGAUUGGGAAUAGUCUGAUCCACAGUGACUUGGGCACAAUUGGCUCAUGCCCACACAGAUGUCACCCAAAUAUCCAGAAUCCCUUUUUUAUUGUUUCCAUUAUGUUUAAUCUACCCUAUUCAUUUCAAUGCAUGGGUAACAUAAUACAAAUGGGAUGUGGGAGACGUAAAACAAUCUGUAUCAUUUGAGGAAAGAAAGCGUCAGCAGCAAAUACUGAUCAUAUUUGCUGGACUGAUUUCCAUUCCAGACUUGGGACUAACGUUGACCUGUUUCUGUCAGGAUUUUAUUAUCCUUACCCCCAGAACACACAGCUCUUGAGGCAUAAAAAAGUGAGAGGACAACAAACUAAUUUUUUCUUCUUCUGGCUUCUUGCUCUCUGUCCCUUUUGUCAACCUUCUCAGGCUCUGGGAAAUUCUCUCCCAUUCACUGUAGAGGCCAAGCUAUAUUUAGGGCUUCCUGCAAAAGAUUGAGAUCUCUGGGGCCACCCAAUGGUGACACCCACAGUCACUAACUCAUUCUUUUUUCAAUCAGCAAAACAACAAUACUACCAUGAUGUUGUUAUCAACAUUAAACAGGAUGAAAAGUGAAAAAUACAAGGAAAGGUGUGUGGCUCAGUGGUAGAGCAUGCAGUGGUUUUGCAUGCAGAAGGUUCCAGGUUCAGUGUCCAGCAUCUCCAGGUACACCUGGAAGAGACCUGGAGAGUCACAGCCAGUCAAUGCAGACAACUGAGCUAAGAUGAACUUAGUAUAAAGCAGCUCCCAGAGUUCCUGUGUGCUUCACGCAUUUUAAAUUCUGUUGAUGCCAAACAUAAAUAUACAAUAUUCAGACUAUAAAAUACUUGGUACAUUUGAGAAAGUGUACUUUUAAUAGUCACACCAACCCUUCCCCAAUCCCUGCAGCUUUCCUGCUGAAUUAGGCUGCUGCUACCAAUAUUAUGUAGCAGCCAGCACAGCCUUAAGGCAGCAUGGGAACUAGGGAGUUAAAUGUUAGUUCUGGAUAGCAAGCCAACGGGAUGGGGGAGUGUAUUCUGUGUGGCACAGCAUAACAAUGGGAAAUGUGACUGCGUGCAGAACAGGUGGGAGGAGGGUUACAAGUGUGCACUGUUUGAGUUCCCAGUGUUUUGUGUGUGAGGGAGGGGUAAAUUGAGUGGGUACUGAGAGAAAUGUAUUGGUAUACUUUCACAUUUCUAAACUUCGACCUGUGUCAAGCUGACUUCUCUUGUAGGUUAACAACCGCUUGCAACUGUCAACCUCUCAAUCACAGCCUUUUUGCAGCCUUCCACAGACCUUUUGACUGGGAGAGGUCCCAUGUCAGCUACUUUGUUUGAGAAUCAAAUAUUAACAAGGGGGCCUGCAGAGAAGCAUUGUGCUGUGGAGUGCUUCUGUUCAGGAUUAGAGCAAGCCGGCCAAGCCCUCUUUCAAGAUACUCCAUUUCAUCUACCCCUUCCCUCCUAGUUUUCUGGUUUCCCUCCACCUCCAGCAUUCUGUGUCCAUUUAACAUGCUAAAUCAUUGGUCUGUUUCAGGAUUUCCCCUCCCUGACUCCAUCUGCACUACUACAUGGCUUCCCCCCUGUCAGGGAACUGCCAUCAGUGCCGGAGGGAGAGAGCAAAAUCCAGAGGGAUUCCAGAGAGCGUCCUGGGAUUGGGAGAGGCAGCCCAUCUUCUGGGGAAGAGAAUCAGCGUAGCACCAGUGGAGAAGGGGGGCAGAUGGGGGAAGCGGCGAGGCGGUCCCAUGACUCCUUGCCGGGGACCAGCGAGGAGAGUAGGGGUCCUCCGCUGCCUACGCCCUCCUUGCGCAGAAGGCUUUCGUGCAGAGAGAGUAGGAGGAGACUAGGCGUCAAAGAGCUUCUUUGCUGGAAGAAGUUUAAGAAACGCCCACUGACGGAUUCUGCCAGCGAUUGAGACAGCCACGGGUGAGUGGCUGUCCGGACAGAAAAGGUUCACUCAGGCAACCCAGCCAGGUGUUUGCACCGGCUUACGCACGAGCAACCCCUAGAACCACUACACCCCCAAAGGAGCUUGGGAAAUGUAGUUUUUUAAGGGUGCUGAGAGUUGUUAGGAGACCCCUAUUCCCUUCACAGACAGAGCCAGAUUUAGAUGAAGAGAGCCCCCCCCAAUCCCCCACCCUCAUGACUAGAAGAAAAUGGAAGCGUUCAAAAUAAAAUUGAGUGAAGCGAAGGAUGAUGAUGGGUAUUUAAAAUUCUGCAAUUCUCAGUUUCUCCUCUAAAGGACAUAAGAUGUUAUUGUUAACUUUGGUUAACCAUGGUGAUUUUAAAAAAUGCAUAGAAUUAACACUAAAAACUUUUGCAAUUAUUGAACUUUGUAAACCUGUUGUGGAAUAAGCAUAUUUUUUUAGGAAAAUGAAGUUGUAAUGUUAUCCUUAAAAAAUUACCAUGAGUUUACAAAUUACUGCCUGGGAAGUGUAAAUAAUAUGAUCAUGAUUACCUGACAGCGUGACACAUUUAGAAACUACUUUAUGCUGUCAUUACAAAGUUAGUUUUAAAAUGGAAGUAAACUACAACCAUCAAAUACAGUAAGGGUAAAUGUUUUCUCCCUAGCCUUCCUUAAAACAAAAUCACCCAAAACUUCAUCAAAAUUUGUCUGUCUGUCACUUUCAAUGUACAGAAUGCUCAGUGCGGACAACCUCUCUUGAGAAUCACAAAGUUACGGUUAUCAGAAUUGUUUAACAGUCAUUUCCAGAGAAUUCUGGGAACUGUAGCUGCGGUGGAAAUAGGGAUCUCCUAGCAACUCUCAGCACCCUUUGCAAACUUUGUAGAUGUAUAGUCAGCCUUAUAAUAAAUUAAAGCUUGUUACCUUGAAGCACUACUCCUGAGAGGAGUAUAUCGGCCUCACUAAUCCAGAAAGGAGUAAGCUUGCACAUACAGCACAUAUGCACCAUCCUGCUGCAUUGCAUUAAGAGGGUGGCAUAAUGAGUGCAGCAAAGAGCUGUCAAUGCACUGUACAUACCCGUUCAGGAUUUAAAUGUAUUCACUUAUUUAUUUUAAAGAUUUCCAGCCUUCAUUACAACAAAGUUCCCACAGCAGCUUUCACUGUCAGAAUACAGUUCUGAGUAAUGGGGGAACUCUGGAAAAAGUUCCACUGAAAAUAACUUUGUCUACUCAGAUGCAAGUCCUACUGAGCUCCAUGGGACAUGGGGUGCAAGGCUGAGCAGACCUGGCUUUUGUCUGGAAAAUGCCAAUUAUGUGCUGUACCAUGCACUCUAGGGUAAAUUCAAUUUUCCCAGGGUAGGUGACCACCCCACUCCCCCUGCUUGCUACUGGUGGUUGUAUGUAUAUAUGUAUGUAUAUAUUUCCUACCUUUCUCCCAGAACCAGGAUUCAAGGCGGCUCACAAAAAUUAACACAGAAAGCUAGAAACCUACCAUAGAUUAUAGUCAAAAUGCAAUUAAACUAUAACAAAAUUUAAAAAUACAAAAGCAAGUCUAUUAAAGUAUGGCUAACAACAGUGCCACACUAUUAAAAGCUUUUUCUUUAAAAAAAAUAACCAGCCAGUUCCUCAAAGUCUGUCAGAAUAAAACCGUCUUCACAUGCUGGCGAAAGGACAGCAAGGAGGGAGCCAGUCUAGCUUAUCAAGGAAAGGAGUUCCAAAGUCUGGGAGCAGAAACUGAGGUGGCUGCAGUUUCCUCUGUAAGAUUCCCUGGGCUCCUUUGGGAGGAAGUGUUGCAUAUAUUAUUAUUAUUAUUAUUAUUAUUAUUAUUAUUAUUAUACAUAAUUGUUCUGUAUCAGCUAGCAAGCUACCAUGGACAGCUAUAAAGAAUUGAACGUGAAACUACAUAGAGUUACUUCCCGUAUGUUAAUAUAAAGAGUAGCUUUAAUGAGCAUGCAGAUCACAGCCAUAACCUCUUUGAACUUGUGAAUUUCCUCACCCCCACCCUCCAAGAUGGUUUUAAAAGGUUGAAAUCCACCCACAGUUUAAACACCUCAAAUACAUAUCAUGUUCAAAGCUUCAGAGAUAGCAAGUGCUCUGUAUAAUAUUUGCUUUCUUUAAUUCCAGGUCACCAGAAAAAGAGAUGGGUUCUACAGAGCGAGAAAUUGUGGUCUGGGUUUGUCAGGAAGAGAAAAUUGUUAGUGGAUUGACAAAGCGCACAACUUGCACUCAAGUAAUUGAAGCUCUGCUUGAGGAACAUCAAGCCACCUAUGCAGAAAAGAAGUUUCUUUUUGGACAGCCCAAGGAUUACUGCAUCAUAGAAAAAUGGAGAGGUUCUGAGAGGGUCCUUCCACCUCUCACUAAAAUGCUGAGACUCUGGAAAGCCUGGGGGGAAGAGCAGCCUAAUUUGCACUUUGUCUUGGUCAAGGCAGAUGCCUUCCCCCCAUUUCCAUUGUGGAGGACAGCUGAAGCCAAGCUCGUACCAAAUCUUGAAAAACCCUGGGACCUGAGCCCGGCCAAUUACAUGAAGAUGUUGCCAGUGGACAAGCAAAAGAGGAUUGUUAGGAAAACCUUCCGAAAGCUGGCCAAACUUAAACAAGAAGGAGUCCUGCAAGAGAGGGACAACAUAGAGACUCUCAUCCACUUGAUCCUUUCUCAGGACCACACCAUUCACCAGCAAAUCAACAGAAUGAAGGAACUGGAUCUAGAAAUCGAACAGUGUGAAGCCAAAUUUCAUCUAGAUCAGCUUGAAGGUGAUGGAGGAAAUUAUGUGCAGGAGUCUUAUUUAAUGGCGACAUCCAGUGAUGCUGAAGAAGAAACAGACAUGCCUCACAGCAGCCAGCAGAUGCCAGAAAGCUCAGGCAAAGGAGAGGGGUUGUUACAAGUGGAAGAAGGACUAAAGCACCACAAAGAGCUUAUUGAAAAGCUCUCUGCGGAAAUUGAACGAGAGGUUAAUGACACUGGAAGAAAUGGAGACAUGUGGACAGAGGAACUGCCUAAGGAGGAAAUGGAGAGUUCCGAUGUAGGAAGUGUCAAAAACGAAUUGGAGAAAAGCAUGAAAGAUGCCUUAAGGAUCCAUUCUCAACUAAACUGCAUCCAGCAGGAGUUAAAAUAUAGGGACCUGAUGCUUCAAAAGAAGGAAAAGGAGUAUGAACUGAUUGUGGAAGAGCUUAAUGCUUUGCAUGCUAAGCCCAAAAGUGAAAUCAGGCACACACCUAAUGAGGAACAAGCAAAGGACAGUGAAAUUUCCACCAAGAGUUUUACAGGGACUGAUCUCCUUCACAAAGUGACUAGUUUAGACAUAAAUGAUACAGACUCUGAUACUGGAAUCAGUUCCACUCACAGUCAGGACUCGGAAACAGCAAUAGGGGAGACUUUGCUGUUGUCUACAUAGCUGAAAACUGUCCUUGUUUUACUGAGAACAAAUUAGUAAUAUAUAAUGCCCUGGAGAAACAUUAGGAUGAGGUAGAUAAGUGGUAUCUUCUUAAGGGGCCAAGUUCUGGUGGCAUAAGAGCUUCCGAGUUAGAGAACUCCUUGUCAUAGAAAUAAAAAUUAUAGCUGAUUCUCAUAUGUUCUAAAUUUACUGAUAGAAAUAAUUUAGUCCGUUCAGCCUAAUAGCAAAGUUCCUGUAGGACAGUUCAGAGGCAUUUAAUAAAAAAAAAAACCAAAUAGACUUUGAUGGCGAUGAACUGAAAUCUUAAUCUAAAUCAGGAAAAGCAGUUACCCUAUGGAUUAUACAGCAUACAUUUGUACAUCAUCUGUUUGUACACCAGUUUUCCGUGAAGUAUUGUUUCUCAGUAUUUUACAUACAGCCCACUGCCAAUGCAUUAUAACAUCUCUGGUGAUGAUAACCUUGUUCACUGCACCAUAUAAAAGACCAGUGUGAACAUCAUAUUAUACAUGUUAUAACCUUUGAAAGCUCUUCCCUGCCCUGUGUGCAGAGCAAAGCUGACAAACGUAGGGUUAGGCCUAGCCAUAGAAGGGGGAAAGGGAAUUAUUUGAUGAACCACAAACUCCAUAUACAAUGUACUUGGGACUUUGUUAUGCACAAAACAAUAUUUAGGAGUCUCCACAACUUUGAGUUGCAGUAGCUUCUUAUGAGCACCUUUACCCAUUGUUUGCUUCUGAAAAAUUGGUCUUCCAUCUCUCUGAAGCUGAUGCACAUUUUACAGAUCUUUCCUCCAUAUUAUUCAACUGAAGAGUAAAUGAAGCUUUACAUAACAAAAAUGAAUAGGUUUUACACUGCCACAGGACGAAAUAAGACCUGGGACCCUUUAUUUGGUAUAUUGCUUAUUGUUACUGCAAACGUCCAACAAAAUGUAUCCAAUAUCAAGGUCCUGGGCAUGAAGACAUAGACAAGAAUGAAUUUCGUUAGCUCCUGAACUGAUAUUUUAGACCAGGCCUGUCAAAAUGUUAGACCCAGGCUUCAAGCAGUAUGUAUGCCAUCUGUUAAAAAAAAACUGGUCGGCUACUGUACAUGGCUGCCAGAUGAAACACCUGUGUGAGAAGCCUGCUUUUAGACAACAACAAAAUAGAAAUAUUUAGAAUGCCUAAACAGAAGCUAUAUUCAUUGCAUUCUAAUUGGGAUGUUUGUUUGUUUUCAAAAUGGCUGGAAAAAGACACUUGAUAAAACCUUUCUAAAAAAUAUGGUUUGGUUUUAAUUUGUAUUGCUUAUGUUAUUGUAAUCCACCCCAGAACCUUAAGGUGAAGGUUGGUUAAUAAAUCUAAUAAUAAUAGCUUGACAAGGAAAACCUUUUUCUGAAUUCUUCAGGCUACGGUCAGGAUGUUAUGAAGAGAUUUUUCAUAUAGAAUUUUUAGUUGACUGCCUUUUUUAAAAAAAUGUGGCUGUAUUGUUUGACAUGAUAUUAAAUGCUUUAUUAUUGAGCUUUCUAAGCUAUCAUUUCUUAAUGGAAACAGAUAAAUUACUGGCCAGCUAUCAUAGAUUUGUAGUAAUUUAUUAACGCUUCUGAACAUUUUAUUUUUUUAUUUUUUUGCAAUUUGCAAUGUAAUUCUCAAAUCUCAAAUAUUAAGAACAGGUUAAUAUCUCUCAUUAGUUUGUUGUCUGAUGUAUUCCUGCAGUUUAUGUUUAUAUAUUCGGGUCUUUCAUGUUGUACAAGCUGCAGUUUGUUAGUUCUUCUUGCCCUCACAUUGUGAUAAUUAACUUUGUAGACUUCUUUGACUGAGUAAAUUUCACCUACACUUAAGGACUGAUUUUUACUCCCCAUGCACACUUCUUUGCAAUUUUUAGAGUUAAUACGUUCUUGAUUUUGGGAGGUGCAGGGUGAUAGACAUUGGGACUUUCUUCAGUGAAUACUGCAAUGAGGGACAGGGAACCUGUGGCUCUGAAAAUGUAGUGUACAGCUCCCACCAUCCCUGACAGUUGAGCAUAAUGGUAUUUUGAGUCAAAAUGUCUGGAGGGCCACAAGUUCCCCAUCCCCAUGGAAAGAAAUAGGACAAACUUUCACAUACAGACUCUUCUACAUCUCAUUUUUUUGCCAAUUACUUUUUAUUGCUUUUCAAAAAAAUUAACAAAUUAAUAUCAAAUUAAUUCAAAUUUAAUGUAAAAGUUGAUUCUCACCCCGCUUCCAUGAUGUUUCCUUCCCUCCCUACAUCUACUUUUUUGUUGUUGUUCUAGCAUGUGUUAAAAUGUUCUUGUUGGCUGGGUCAACCAAUUUAACAUUGUCAUCCCUUCUCUACCUUUCUUGUGAGUCUUUGUCAGGCUUCCUCAACCUCAGCCCUCCAGAUGUUUUUGGCCUACAACUCCCAGGACCAGUGGUCAGGGAUGAUGGGUAUUGUAGGCCAAAAACAUCUGGAGGACUGAGGUUGAGGAAGCUUAGUCUUUGUAUUUGUUCAUUACUUGUGGAAUAGGGAGCAGCCACACUAGAGUUAUGCAAAUAAACAACCUAACCUGCAACCAGAUAUUGCCAAGGUGUGCUCCUCUGGGAAGAGUGUGAGACAAGACUAAAAAAAAAGUAGUGUGCUCCUCUGGGAAGAGUGUGAGACAUGACUAAAAAAAAAGUAGGCAGAAGGGUAUCUGCAUCUACUUCACAGCCGUUGUCUCUCAAUACACUGGAAUCCGGUAAUACCUAAGGUAGCUUUGUACUUUUCAUGAAAGUAGCAACAGAGGAGGAAUGAAGAACUUGUUCUUCCUCAUCCCCUGCAACCAAGAGAUGUGUAAUUCUUGCCUUUGUGCAAAACUGGAAAACUGGGAACAGUGAUUGAAAGAAACAUGGGUAACCCAUGCUUUCAUGGUGAUAUCGAGCUAUCACCAAACAUCUAUCUGAAUAGGCCAUGCAACAAUGAAUUUACCAGGGCUUACUCCCAAAGCUUAAGUUUGCAGACUUGGCAUGUAACUUUGCAUUCUGAUUUCAGUAUGCCUGAGUGGUGAUUAAGUCGCUAGACUCUGCCCUUCUAACACACAAUGUGAAAGUAAACUUUGUCUGGGACUCACUUCUACAUGAUCAUCCUUGUCCAACAACUCUGGUGUAUUCCAAGUGGUCAUAUGUACAUCACAGAGUUUUAGGUCAAGGGAAUGAGUUUUUCAGGAAUGGAACAGGCGAGAUUUAUUCUGCAACUUAAUUCUGUAAAAAAUAAAUUAGUGUGUUAGGCUUCUCAUGAACGAUCUGUUCUCAUAAAGUGACAGAGGAUCCUCAACUGCUGUGAUGGUGGCAAUGUACCAAGUUAGGUGAGACACAGGCCCCAAUCCAAUAGAAGUUAGCUGGGCUGAAAUCCCAUUGGAAUCAACAGAUCUUGACUUCAGCAUGACUAACAUGCCUCGUUAAUGCUAAUGGGAAUUAAGUGCAUAUAACUUUAGUUUGUUCAGGGCCAGAGGCUGAAAUCUCUCAACUAAUAAUCAUUUAUUGUUGUCUGUAUUCUCCUAUAGUAACAUGUACAAAAUAACUUCUUAAGCUCUAUCACUAUAUGUCUCCAGAUUAAAGAGAGAUGUUUAAAUUAAAAUAUUUAUGGUAACUGACAGAUCAUUUAACAGGUCUUUUUUAUCUAGACGACUGCCUCAUAACUUAACUUAAUUAACAUUCAGUUGCAUAGAAAUGUACAUGGGCAGUAAUUACAGUUGCGCUAUAUGUGUUUUUGAAAAUAAAGUGAAGUUG